AUCUUGAAUACAAUUUACUUGCUUGUGCUGUGUUUUAGAUAUUUGGGUGAGUGAACACUGAACAGAGAAGGAGCAGUUCCAACACACGUUCAAAUGUUGUUCUCCAAGCAGCUUCUUAGCUUCUACAAGCAGCCACCACCACUUCUUGUUCCACUUUCUAGACACAUUAAUGAAGGCAUUUUCAAGGAAAAUAGGUUCAUCAAAACCCCUUAUUCUUCUUCAUGUGGCAUAAUAGUUCAUGCAGUGAAGGAAGAUUCACAAUCACAGCAAUAUGAGGUAGACCCAGAAAAGGCCAGAGAAGCACUCAAAAAGCUUGAUGACCAAAUCCAGUCUCUCUCUAAUAAACAAGCCUCCACUUCAAAGCUAAGAGCUUCUGAAGUAAAGUUUCCCAAAGAAGAAGCCAUUGGCAAUGACAAGUUAGAAAUUUCUGAUUCGUUUCUUGCAACUUUAGCUGGUGGUCUGAUUCUCUUCACUAUAUUUUAUAAUGUGCUAUUUUAUAGUGUAAUUAAGCCAGCCAUCGAUGGUCCAUAACAUGUCCAUGGCUGGUGUGUAUACAUAGAAGAUAGAAGUAGUAGAAGGGAAUAAAGCAUAAACUUUUUAUAACAUAAGAACCUCGCUAUAUAUACAUGUGAAGAUUUGAACUGUAUCAUUUUUCUCACGACUAUAUACCAAGAUUCUGAAUUCUGAUGCCACUUGAAAUUAA